GGUUCGUGUAGCAAUACGUUCAUGUGUACGCGCGCAUGUCGUAUACAGGAAUUGCGUACACGUAACUGUCUAUCACAACCGCCACCGCGUGUAUCGUGUCUGACUGAGCGCGUAUAACAGCGCGAGAACAACGAGGAUAAAGAUUGUGUCAAAAAAGUACGGAGAUUUAUUAUUCGAGAAGGUCGGAAAGCAGUGAGCAUACAGUGCUGCACAGUCAUCGCCGCAUGUUGAAUUCGAUCCGAGAAAUAAGUAAAAAGAAAUGAGCUAAAUUAGACGAUAGUGUAUAGUGUAGCGGAGACCGGGGCCGCAGAGUUUCAUGCAAGGGAUUAUACAGUUUAUACGUACCAAAAGAUAAUAAAAAAGAGGCUGUGUUCGCUUUGCCGAACACCGGAAUGCCGCGGACACACGGGCAACACGGGCGGGUUUGACUUUCGUUGAUAUAUAAUAUAGUUCGCAAUACGUACACAUUUAUAUUCAUCAAAUUAAUAUAAGAAAAAAAAUCAAACUCUCGAUAUGGAAUGUAUCGAAAAUCAACUGAGUACUAUUACUCUUGAUACGUCAUCUCUAAUUCAGCAAGGUAGGAUAACAAUGGAUACGGCUCUUAUACAAGUUCUGGAACAAGCCUGUAGCCAAGAUCCUAAAAUAUUGACACCUGCUGAACAGAUAUUGAAGCAAUGGGAAACGGAGAGAGGUCUCUACACUGCGUUAUUCGAUGUAUUUUCCAAUCAUUCCCUGGCGAUGAAUGUAAGAUGGAUGGCUGUUUUAUACUUUAAGAAUGGAGUUGAAAGAUAUUGGAGAAAAACAGCUCCCAACGCGAUGGCAGAAGAUGAAAAAGAACUUUUACGCCAGCGUUUGAUUUCAAAUUUUAAUGAACCUAUUGAUCACUUGGCAAUCCAGAUAGCAGAGGCAAUCGCCAAAAUAGCGAGGUUGGAUUGUCCCAGAGAGUGGAAUACAUUGAUUCCGACGCUUCUCGAAGCAGCGGGAGCACAAAAUUCACUGACGCAGCAUCGUGCCAUAUACACUCUUCAAAGGGUUGUCAAAACUUUGGCUUCCAAGCGUUUGUUGGAGGAUCAGCAGCUGUUUCGGGAGCUUUCCUCCAAUAUAUCCAACUUUAUUUUCAACCUAUGGAAUACUUUUUCGGAAUCGUUCCUCAUAUUAGCCUCGAACGGCGCGGACGUUCAACAACUGCAAGAGAUAAUGGGAAAAGCUCAUCUCCUUUUGAAGAUUCUCAAACAUUUGACGGUCCACGGAUUUCCGCCCAACUCCCGAGAUAUACCCUUUUUGAAAGUGAUUUUCGAACGGGCGAGAGCUACCCUCGAGUGCAGAAAAACACUGAUAUCGCGAGGCAUUCAUAUAGAAGUUUGUGACAAAUUUCUCGUACAUUUGACUAAAGUGUUGUUGGGAGUAUUGGAAUUUCUUCCAUCCUGUUAUGUUGAAGUAAUACCAACGUCCCUGGAAUUUACCUAUUUCUACUGCUUUACCGAAGCUGGCCAGCGUUUAACCUUCGAAAGAUUUACUAUUCAGUGUUUAAAUAUACUCAAAAUAAUACUUUCGUUGAAAGCGUUCAAACAGAGAUGGGGCGCUACAAGAUCGGACCCAAGCAAGCUUGAUCCAGAAUUAUAUGAUCGAGUAAAACACUACCAGCGAGAUUUUUUCACCGAUCAGAGGUUGACGGAAAUUUGCUACAGGCUGGUGACGCACUAUUUUUUACUGACACCAGCGGAUUUGGAGCUUUGGGACACCGAUCCCGAGAACUUUGUCAUUGAAGAAUAUCGCAAUGCGUGGAAAUACAGUUCAAGGCCGUGUACCAAGGCAAUUUUUGUAGCGUUAAUCCAGGAAUUUUAUGAAGCUCCCAAAUCCAUGUUAAUGGACCUUUUGCAGAGGCAUCAUCAGCCAGCAGAUCCAAACGAUUUAAACGCUAUAUUACUCAAAGAUGCUCUCUACACUGCGUUCGGCCUCACAUUAUUUUUUCUCGACGGCAAGGUUGAUUUUGAUCAAUGGUGGUCAACGGUGUUAAAACAAGAGCUUCAGCUACGGGGUACUAACUACAGAAUAAUCAGGAGACGAGUCUGUUGGCUAAUUGGACAAGGGAUCAGCGAUACAAAUAUGAGUCGAAAGCUGAAACAGGAAGCGUACGAACUAAUCAUUCAGUCACUGAGAUCAGAGGAAGAUCUUUGUAUCAGAUUAGCCGCUAGUGAUGCUCUUCAACAGCUUAUCAGUGGAUUCGAUUUUAAGCCAGAGGACUUUCAGACCUAUUUAGAAUCAGCCUUUUUCAUGCUGUGCUCGCUUCUUAAAGAAUCCAACGAAUGUGACACGAAGAUGCGGGUUCUUUGUGGAAUAUCGUUCUUGAUUCAGCGUACUGUCUUCGGCAUAAAACCCUAUCUAAAUUCAUUCAUCGCUUAUCUACCUGAUCUUUGGCAACAAUCGGAGGAGCACAAUAUGUUGCGAUGUGGAAUCGUUUCGGUGCUUGUAAAUUUGGCUAACGCUCUGGGUUCGGACUGUGUCACCAUCGAGCCUCUAGUCGUCGCGGUUGUUGGUCUCAGUUGCGACGUUCAUCAAGACGAUCACGUUUACCUCUUGGAAAAUGGUCUCGAACUUUGGCUCGCGUUAUUAGAAGCUACUUCAACUUCAAGCCCAGGAAUGAUGGGCCUUCUGAAGAACAUGCCGGAUCUGUUCGAUUGUUCGUCGGAAAAUCUUCGACGGUGCAUGGACAUAAUGACAGCUUACGUUGUACUCGUUCCCAUGGAAUUUAUCUGCGAACACGGACAUCUGCUCAUCGAUUUGUUCAAGUCACGUAUCAGUGAUAUGAGAGAUGAAGAAGUAGCUGUGAUUUCAAGACUCUUCGAAACUUGUUUGAUGGUUCUACCGCAAGAAAGUAUACAAUUGAUGAAACCUAUUUUGGCCAAAAUAUUCGAGAACGUCUACAAAGGAACGGCAUCGUUCGAUCUGAUGUUGAUGUCUUUGUGUAUCAUGUCUCGAGUUCUGCUUAGUUCGAAAGAAACGUUUGCCCAAGUCAUAAGUGAACUCGCUCGGAGCGUCGGCGAUAAUGCUACGGAGGAAAGCGUUCUCGGUCAAAUAAUAGAAGUUUGGGUAAUUCGUAUGACCUCCUUAACGAACUCAACGAAGCUUUUGUCUUUGGGACUUUGCUCGCUAUUAAGCCCGGAUAGUCCGCAAAUAGUUUUUCAACACUUUCCUCAGAUGAUAUAUCGUAUCGCGGAGACAUUCAGACUUGAAAUUGAGUAUCCCGAUGCUCAGCCCUCCGGCGAACAACCGAGUUCAUCCUCUGAAUUCGAAGUAAGUUACUUGUCGGAGCACGAUCGAAGAGUCGAUAAGCUCUUGCUUAGCGAUCCUGCUCACAUCGUUUCUCUCAAAGACACCCUGCAAAAUCAACUCAUUACUCUCCGGAGGGUGAUGGGAGAAGAUCAGUUUCAACAAAUGCUUUCGACAAUUCCCGACGAUGUCGAUAAAACAUUAUUGAAAGAGUUUUUCACUUUUUCAACCGUUCUAAACGAACCAUACUAAAUUUGUCAACUCAAAACUAUCCCUCGUCAUUCAUUCGACAACACAUCGCCGAAUAAUGAAAUUUAUUUCACUCGCGCGACUGUUUAAUAACUAUUAUUACGAUUCAUCAUUUCUUUUCGAAUUAUCCAAUUCAGCAUCGAGGUGUAAAAAGCUUGACCAAUCGCCACCAUCCUUAUGUCAAAUGAUCAAAUAUGCUGUAUCAAUUAUGUUAAUAAUAAAUGAAUAAAAAAAAGAAACGAGACUAGCUCGAAAUCGUGAACAUUUAAAAUCAA